GGAAUGGUUUGAAUAAGGGAGAAAAUGUGCAAGGAGUAGAAGGGUGAAAGUUGGCUGAAUGUAAUAUUACUACUACUACUACUAAUAAUGAUAACUUUCUGUGUUCGGUCAACACAAUAAAUACGGUGGUUUCGGGAGCGCGGAACGGUGUUCGGGGGUACCCCGCCUAGUGACGGAAGACAGCUGGGAUGGGCUCCAGCACGCCCGCGAUCCUCAUAAUCUUGGAUCACGAUGCAAGGAUAUUGUUCACCGAAUUCUUUUUGAACAGUCAAAGCGGAAGUGAUUACCAGAACGUAUCUACUUCCGUCCACUCCCGUGCCGGGCAAGCGAACUAACGAUGCUUCGGCAAGGGAGCAUUUCCACGCAGACAAGCGAUGUGGAGGAGGACGCCACCCCGACUCGCGUGGAUAUGGAUGCCGCAGUUCUUCUGCUGGGAGCUGGGAUGACGGCCGCCACACAUCCGCUGCUUUAUGUGAAGCUGCUCAUACAGGUGGGACACGAACCUCUUCCACCAACUGUAGGCACAACUAUGUUUGGAAGGAGAGUUUUAUAUCUCCCUGGAUUCUUCUCCUAUGCACAGCACAUUGUUAAGGUUGAUGGAAAGAGGGGACUCUUUCGAGGCCUGUCACCUCGUAUUGCGUCUGUUGUCAUCUCCACUGUAAUCAGGACCAAAGCUAAAAAGACGGAGCGUGUAUCCAAGAAGGACGACAACAAGCAAACCCCUCUUAGGAAAUUAAUGAAAGAGACCUCUCACGAGAUGUUCAUCCAGUGCCUGUCCAGAAUAGCCGUGCAUCCGUUUCACGUCAUGUCAGUGCGUUGUAUGGCCCAGUUUGUUGGCAGAGAGGUCAAGUACAGUGGAAUUCUCAGUAGUAUCAGCAGGAUCUUUCAAGAAGAAGGAGUCGCCGGAUUCUACGUUGGUUUAAUGCCUCACGUGCUGGGCGAGGUCCUCUUCUUGUGGUGUUGCAAUCUGCUAGUGCACUUUAUUAACACCUACGCUCUCGAUGACACGUUAAGCCAGACCACAGCAGUGAGAGGUUACACAAAGUUUGUGUUGGAUUUUGCAGUGAGCAUCCUAACGUAUCCGUUUAUGCUGGUGGCUGACGUUAUGGCCGUCAACAACUGCGGUUUGACUGCAGGUCUUCCUCCGCACUCGCCCAUCUUCACGUCCUGGCUGCACUGCUGGAAUUACCUCAGCCGCAGGGGUCUCUUGUUCAGAGGAUCCAGCUACUUCUCUCGCCGCGCGCCCGUCACCUCGAUCCACGACUGACGUCAUCAUCAUCGUCAUCACCACCACAAUGAAGUGGACCGUAGUGAUUCUAACUACUCAAGUGACAUUCAAAACAUUUACUGGUUGUACAUCAACAGAAUGAGGAAAUGUCGCAAAGAAUAGAACAGGAUGGCACCAUUGAAUAUGCAUCGCUGCUUUGUUUUUCCUUUUAAGGAAGGACGGACGAGUGGCUGGCACAUGAGCCUUGCAGUUCUGAGCUUGGGAGGUUGAACACGGGUCUUGUGUUUGCAUGUAGUCCACGUGCUUGUGUGGGUUUUCUCCAGGUACUCGAGCUUUCUCCCACAUUCCCAAAACAGACAUGCAUUGCAUUUCUUUUUUCAGUUUUGUCAGUUUCAACCAGUUUGUUAAGACAAGCAUCCAAUGAGCCCAUCCAAUUCCAAUUGGAUGGAAUGCUUAAGGCCACUCCCACCAGUCCUCGGGAAGUAGAAAGCCAUCCUAGAACCAUUAUCCAUUUCCAUAUUUUCUAUAAGAACAGGUAUGAAAUGUGAUUUAAUUUCGUGACUUUUGUACAAAAUGCUUUAUGUGGCAAACAAUAACGAAUACAAAAAUAUUUGGGAAUUGUUUGAGAAGAUGGACAAUAACCCUUGUUAGCUCAAACCAUCAAAUUGAGCCUGUUGGACUGCUGUGUAUCAUCUAAAUACACUGAUCAACAACAAAUUUUAAUCGGAGAUGGCUUUGUGUGUCCCGAAACGUAUUUUCAUGCCGAUUAAAAACAUGUCUUGACUUUCUUUACAUCAAGUUUUUGAGAUAUUUUUGUUUUUGUUUUUAGGUUUGACCCAUAGACGCUUGCGCAAUGUGGCUUACACCAUGCGUUGUAAUUGAUAGCUAUGACCCUGCAUUGAAAAAAAAUUACCUGUUGCUGAACCUAACCCUUAAAUCAUAAGUCUUAUGAAAUAUGUAUACUGUAUUCUUAUAAUGUUAUUGGAUUAUAUUUUUAUUUUUGUGUUUUGUCAUUACCAAACCUGAUUUGCUAGAGAAAAUCUAGAAAAGUUCACGUGUAUCCGUUUAAAAACCUUCGUAAAAAUA